AUGGUCCACCAACUCCCACAGCUCAACGUGACAGAACGAUCCAACCAACCUGGACCUGUGCGGAAGGAGAUUCCGACUCGAGGGGUUUCGGCGCAUCCUACCUGUUUCCGGGCGCAGUGUGUCCACAAGGCAGACAUUACUAUUGCCUCAAAACCCCAAACGGUGUACCAUGAGCACUGUUCUGCAACUCUGAGCUGUAAACUCAGAGGACAGUCAGCAUGUGUGUCGUCUGACGGCCCCUCCACCACCAUGCUGGAUAAAGGUCCAGAUGGUUACUGGUUCUGCUGGUGGUUUGUUUCUGUUGAAAGGGAAUUUUCCUUCCCACUGUCGCUCUCAGGCUGUGCUUUUUCAGACAGAGGAUUGCAGUCAAGUGAUGCUUCAAUCCGAUUUCCUGUUUCCUCGGUCCAGGCAGAAAAAGCACCAGUGAAUAGAAGAACUGAGGUUUUAAAUCACAAACGUUGUGAUUUUUAUGUCUUGUUAUUGAAUAAUGUGCCCUUUAAAAAAUUUAGAGUAAAAAAAAAAGGUCAGUUUGAUAAAAUUGCUAGCAGGAUCUGGGGUGAGUCUGCACAUUCUGAUAAUCAGCCUCAAGUCGUUGCAGGUGGGAGCGGCCAGCUGCUGUGCUUUUCCCCAUCACCUGCCAGCGUUUAUAAGGAGCUGGAGAUCACUUCACCUCGCCGGAAGAUUACUCACUUUGGGAACUCUCACCAUGGACCAUUCUGCAAUAACCUGGAAUUUACCUCCGAGCCUGAUCUCCCUCCACACCUGGACCGACCCGCUCUCCCACCGCUCACCUCCCUUGGAUUUCGGAUUACCACAGACGCUGCUCACCCCAGUCCUGUCUACCCUCCCAAGCUCUUGCAUUUCCGCCCCACAACCCAGCACCGGAGCUGUGCUCAGCAUCACCGCCACGUCUGGUGGUGCAUCUUUAGUUUCCUUCAAAAUAAAACAUUUAUUUUCUUCUUACCUACGUCUCCUAGUGUGAUUCUGCAUGUCUUGGGUCAGGAAACUCUCCACAGUUGUGACAAACUUACGUCCCACCAGUCGCUGCAGUGUCAAACACCUCAAUGGGAGAAAAUAAGGAAAACCAAACACUAAGAUACCACAAGGUAGUUAAAACAAAGGAUAAACGAUGGGUAAUUAUGACAGAAACCACUUGUUUUUAUUUGUAGGUCUUGCGACUUUUGUCACUCAGUUGCAUUAAAUAAAGAAAUCAACAUUUACGAUGUGCUCGGUGUUCUGAGGUAAAGUUCAUAAGUGACAGUCAGUGAUUUUGUUUAAAUUAGAUGUUAUAAAAACAGGAAGUAGUUUGAUGGCAGCAGAAAUGUCACCCCC